UUGAACGGCAGAUGCAGAACAGUUUAAUAUGAAAUCAGCUCUGCGUGUGCCGUUGUGGAUAUUGAUGAUAUGAGAGUAAUACGUUACGCUCGCUCAAAGUGCGCAUAGUUUUUCGGUACGGUUCGCAGAUUUGCGAUAUUUAAGAAGAAUAAAACUGUUUCAAUUUAAGUUCGUGUAUUGGAGUAUGAUAUAAGUUGGUGCAUAUUUUAAUCGUUGCUUCAAAACGCUUAAUAACAAGUUUACUGGAUUUAAGACGUUUAAGGAAAAUAGCCAAGGAUGAUCGUUUUAUCAGCAAAGGUUGUGUCAAUAAAAUGUCUCUACCUGUUCUACAUCACGACAUGUCUUACGUGUCAAGUAACCGGUUUUCAAAAUAUGUCCACUUCAUCAAUGGCAUCGAUACAGAACUCUACUGACCUGGAAAAGGUGGAAAUGGGCGCAAGGUCUCAGUUGCAAUCUGCUAGUAUUCAUAAAUCACAAAGGCAACAAACUUUGGAUCAGCUGCUACAAGGUUAUGACCCGAGGAUUCCACCUAAUUAUGAAGAAGAUUUCCCUGUGAAAGUGCUUGUUCAGCUGCACAUAACCAGCAUUGACAGCAUAAGCGAGUCCAAUAUGGAUUUCUCAAUCGGUAUGUUUCUGCGACAAAACUGGAAUGAUACCCGACUGAAGUACACAGCACUCCCCCGCCUGAAAGCUCUUGAGCUGGACUCUCGAAUGAUGGACAAAGUCUGGGUCCCCGACCUCUUCAUAGCCAAUGAGAAGCAAGCCCAUUUUCACGUAGUUACUGUGCCAAACAAAUUGAUGCACAUUUAUCCUGAUGGACGUGUUCAUUAUAGCGUCAGAAUAACAGCAACAUUAAAAUGCAGCAUGGAUCUCCGGAAGUAUCCUCUUGACAACCAGACCUGCUAUGUUAUGAUGGAAAGUUACGGGUACAGCACAGACAACCUUGUGUUUGACUGGAAUCCUCUUCCGGUGACGCACGACCGUCGUUUGGUGCAGGUACAAUUCCAUUUUGGUGCUAUGCAAACUCUACGAUGUGACAAAGCAUACGAAGGAGAUAUAGACGGACGAACAGUCAACUACACGUGCAUCAUGCUGCAAUUCGAAAUGGUGAGAAGUUUUGGCUACUACAUCAUCCAGGUCUACAUCCCUUCCAUACUCAUCGUAAUCCUUUCUUGGGUCUCGUUUUGGCUCGACAUUGAUGCCGUACCUGCCCGCAUUUCUCUCGGUCUUCUCACGGUACUCACUAUGACAACACAGAGCGCGGGAGCGAGGUCAGCUCUGCCAAGGGUCUCAUAUGUCAAAGGAAUAGACGUGUGGAUGGCGGCAUGUCUUAUAUUCGUGUUUUCGGCAUUGAUAGAAUUUGCUUACGUUAACGUCAAUUCCCGUGUAGAAAGGCGACGUCGAGCGAGCUCUCAUCCAAUUCCAGGACCCAUGUCUAGCGACCUUCAAUGUCAAAAUGGAAAAGAGACUAUUUUAAAGAAAAAGGGAACAGUUUUUAGACGUUUAAACUUCUUUGCAACAAGUCGUGAAAAAGCACGUACAACGGACAGGUUUUCGCGUUUUGCAUUUCCAACGGCAUUCAUUGUAUUUAAUACUGCAUAUUGGUGCUUGUAUACAUUUUGGACGCCUAAUCCGUCUGAUCAUCUAUCAGAAAGGAUUUUGUCAACAGAAUGGCUUCACCUGUUUAGCCUAACAACAUGUCUUCUGUGUCAAAUAACCGGUCUUCAAAUUGUGUCCACUUCAUCAACGCCAUCGAUACAGAACUCUACUGACCUGGAAAAGGCGGAAAAGGACGCAAAGUCUCAUUUGCAAUCUGCUAGUAUUCAUAAAUCACAAAGGCAAAGGACUUUGGAUCAGCUGUUAGAAGGUUAUGACCCAAGGAUUCCACCUAAUUACGAAGAAGAUUUCCCAGUAAAAGUUCUUGUUCAGCUGCACAUAACCAACAUUGACAGCAUUAGCGAGUCCAAUAUGGACUACUCAAUUGGAAUGUUUAUUCGACAAAACUGGAAUGAUACCCGACUGAAGUACACAGCACUCCCCCACCUGAACGCUCUUGAGCUGGACUCUCGAAUAAUGGACAACGUCUGGGUCCCCGACCUCUUCAUAGCCAAUGAGAAGCAAGCCCAUUUCCAUGUGGUUACUGUGCCCAAUAAAUUGAUGCACAUUUAUCCUGAUGGACGUGUUUAUUACAGUCUCAGGAUUACAGCAACGUUAAAAUGCAGCAUGGAUCUCCGGAAGUAUCCUCUUGACAACCAGACCUGCUAUGUAAUGAUGGAAAGUUAUGGGUACAGCACAGACAACCUUGUGUUCGACUGGAAUCCUCUUCCGGUAACGCGCGACAAUCGUUUGGUGCAGUCACAGUUCCAGUUUGGUGCCAUGGAAACCCUACGUUGUGACAAAACAUACGUAGGAGUAAACUACACGUGCAUCAUGCUGCAGCUCAAAUUGGUGAGAAGUUUUGGCUACUACAUCAUCCAGGUGUACAUACCUUCCAUACUCAUCGUGAUCCUUUCGUGGGUAUCAUUUUGGCUUGACAUUGAUGCCGUACCUGCCCGAAUUUCUCUUGGUCUUCUCACUGUGCUUACCAUGACAACACAGAGCGCGGGUGCGAGGUCAGCUCUACCAAGGGUCUCCUAUGUCAAAGGAAUAGACGUGUGGAUGGCAUCGUGUCUCAUAUUUGUGUUUUCGGCGUUGAUUGAAUUUGCGUACGUAAACGUCAAUACCCGUGUAGAAAGGCGACGUCGAGAGACAUCACGUCCUGUCUCAGGAUCCGUAUCCAGCGACAUGAUUAUUGUAGAGCAAAAGGGACCAGCCUUCAGACGUUUAAACUUGUUUACCCCAAGUCGGGAAAAGGCGCGUACAACGGACAGGUUGUCGCGUAUUGCAUUUCCAACGUCGUUCAUUGUAUUUAACACUGCAUAUUGGAGUGUGUAUACAUAUUGGACUCCUGAUCCAGCUGAUGUUCAAUAGUGUCAUCGUUUACGAGGUUUUUAAUAUGUUUUACUGCUAUGCGGACAUAUGCUUUAAUUUGAUAUCACAAGACACAUUUUAGUAAUUGGAGUUACAGGCGUUUUGUGUAAACUGAUUUUCUGUACAUUUUACUUUUUUUCCUCGUCUUAUUUUGCGUCUAAUAUACAAAAAAUUUCAUAGUAGUGAAAAUGUUAAAACAUCCUUGCGAAUUAUGUUGGCAUUAACGUUGCAAAAUGAAUGGGAAAAUCAUUAUGACCUUUCGGGAAGCUUUGAAAUACAGAAUAAGACUAUGGAGAAAAAAUUCAUUUCCACUGAUUUACACUCCUUAUAAAAAGCAUGUAAGAGUAUCCAAAUGUGAGUGGUUUCAUUUAAAAGUUAUAUUCUUAUUCAAUUAAAGUGAAGUGA